AGAAAGUUGUUGCUAAACAAAAAUAGGAGUUGAAAUAGCUGAUUUUCUUUAUUACCUAACAUUUUGGGAUCUUCAUUGAUUCUUUUACUUGAAGAUAUGUAGAUAAGUCCUUUUUGUUACUCCCAGCAUCAAUUGUCAGUUUCAAUUUAUUUUCAGCUUCCACUUUCUUGGCACCAUAUUUAUACCAAGGGGCCCAUUUCCUCUUUCCAACCCUGCUAUAUGUUUUCUUUUUUCUUGUUUUCAAAACAUUUGUACUUUUAUAUAGCUAUUAUAUCAUUUUAGUUUCUGCUCAAUAUGCACCCCUAGGCAUUUCAGCAAUUCAUAAUCCUGAAUUUCUGGAAGUACAGUGAAUUGUUCCUCAGCAAUAAGAAAUAAUCUUGCAGAGUUAAGUAUUCUCAAAGCGGAAACAGUCACGGUUAGGAGAGCAGCACUGAUUUUAAAAAUUUUUCAAAAUGCUUAUCAGGUAAAGGCUAGUGGUCAAUAAUUUCAUUCCAGGAAGAGCAGAAUGAGUACAUAUGUUUUUAAAAUAAAUUGGUGAAAUGUAUAUCUUAUAUGUUAAACCAAAAUGUAAAUAAUUGUUAUACUCAAUUCUUGAAACAGCCAUGACUUAGAUUUUUUAAAAAUAACACUCUCCUCUUUUUCCCCCGUUUUUCUUUUAGGUGGACUGCAUUUCUUUUUAUGAAGUUUCACUAAUGGCUUGACAUUGGAAAAUUAAACAGAAUUCUCAUCAUGGAGAAUACAGAUGCAGAUAACUGGGCAUCAAAAGCAGAGGAUAAAGAUCCACCCCAAAGUCCCUAUUCUGUUGAAACCCCAUAUGGCUUCCAUUUAGAUCUUGACUUCCUGAAGUAUGUCGAUGACAUUGAAAAGGGAAAUACUAUCAAGAGAAUUCCAGUCCGCCGGAAAACAAAGCACCCCAAAUUUAGCACCCUGCCUCGGAAUUUUAGCCUUCCAGAAAAUGGAUCCAGUGUCUAUUCAUCCUCCUUAAACAAGAGUUUCCUUACACAGAGAAAGACCUCUUUGGAUGCAGAGGAGAGCAGAUCCCUGGUCACACCCAUUGACAUGUCUUCAUGUUCACCUCUUCCCCAAGAACCGAGCUACAGAAAGAAAGCCCUGCUAAUAGAGACUGUCAAACAAGUUCCUCUUCCCCUUGAAGAGGAUACUGCUAAUUGCAAAGGAAGGCCUCAGCUUCUAAGGGCAUCCAGUAUGCCUGCCAAACUUCCACCAAUUCCAAAUUUAGAAGAAGAAACUCAUCAAGCAGUUUUUCUCCCUUCGGGAUUUCUUCAGUCUUCCAACGGAAAUGGUUUAGAGCUUGAUUUUAGCCCUGCAAAAAAACCAUCUGAGUUAAAUAGUUCCAAAAGAUCUUCAUUACCCCCUCAUGAAAACCUAAUAGAUUUGAAAGAGCAAAUCAAUAAAGACAUCCAGGAUUCUGAUAAAUGUCCAGGACUAAGGAGAGAAGUUCAACAACAAACAGAGCUUCCUAAGGAAAUAACACAACUCAGUGAUCCACAGCAAAGCCAACCCCUAAUUUCUCAGAAAUCCCCUGAGGUGGUUGAGAGUGGAGAAGAAUGCCAUGCGACACAGGUGAAUGUCUGUCCAUCAUCCAUUCAGAGUAGAUUGGCCCCUACUGGUACCUCAGAAAACAUGUCUAUAAAGCAAUCCCAGGAAGAAGUAGAACUUAACAUAUGUGAGACUGUUACAGAAGAAGUAGAGGAAGAGGAUGAAGUUACAAGUCUUAGUACUAGAGAAGUGGAAAAAAAUAUAGAACUUGAGCCCUUCCUUCUCACAGCUCCCAGCAAUAUAAGAGCAUUACAGCAGCACAUUGCAAUUCUGGAGAAGCAGCUGAAUAACAAAACAGAAGAACUUGAGCAGAUCCGGGUGGUUUUGAAGCAACAGGAUCAAGAAAUGAAAGCAAAAGAGAGAAGCAUUGAAUUGCUAGCAAGUUCUAAAGCACAGCUGGAAGAGAAACUCUGUGGGGAGAACAUCAAAGAAAUUAAGCCAGGUGUGCAGGCCAGAAAGCCCCCCCAAUACCUUGAUGUUGCUGUGAAUACCGAACAUGUACAUGAAAAGAUAACACAUGAAAUUGCUGAAAGCAUCACAGAGCCUGUGGAACUUCUAGGAGGUGAUACUUAUGAGGCUGAUGAUAAAAAUGUGGAAAUAUGUAAGGAGUUACUCUGUGCUGAGAUAUCAAAUGUUUCUGCUGAUGAUGGAGGAAGAGAUAAACCUAUUUUUCAGAGCAACAAGGAUGGAGAAAGAAUCGGUCAGGACAGUGAUUGCUCCAUUGUGGAACCAAGCUAUAAUGAGCUACAUGUUGAUAAUGAAAACAACAAGACAGAAAGAAACCCUUUGACCGCUCAGCUGUUGGUUCCUGGUGAAGAAAAUUGUUCUGGUCCCAAGACAGCUGACAUAAAAUCCAAAGGAAUGCAAAUCAUUUUUCAAGAAGAUGCACAGCGAGUUCAGGAGGAACAGAAUCAUCAAGAAGAAAAGGAAUCACCUGCAGACCCCAUUGUGGGCCAAUAUAUUAAAAAAAUCCAGGAUCUCUUACAAGAGCAGUGGCUGUGCCUUGAACAUGGGUAUCCGGAGCUAGCCAGUGCAAUAAAGCAUCCUGCCUCAAAGCUCAGUUCGAUCCAGAAUCAACUUGUUAAUUCUCUGAAUUUGCUGCUCUCUGCCUACUCAGCACAGACACCAACAGACCAAGAGAAUUCCAACACACAGUAUCAACAGUUGGAAAUCUCUCCAAGCACAAGUCUGAAAUCUAUUAUGAAAAAGAAAGAAGCUGGUUUCCACGAAGGAAGUAACGGCACCAAAAAGAACCUUCAGUUUGUUGGGGUAAAUGGUGGUUAUGAAACCACGUCCAGUGAAGAUUCUAGCUGUGAAGAAAACUCCUUUGAAGGUGAUUCAGAUAAUGAGAUGGACAGAAAACAUGGGAAUGAAGAGCAAAGUUGGGGGAAAGAUGUCAAAGAAGGUGAACAAUCAACAUCUGCUACUCCUCAAAGUGCAAAGAAGGACCGUGAUCCAGAAAAACUAGAGGAAACCACACAAUCAACAAUGCAAGAUAAAGCUGAGCGAUUUAGACCUUCCGGAGAUUUUCUCAAAGGGUGCCAGAUCUUAAGCAAAAACAUGUCAGAAAUAAGGACCACAAAGGAAAAAUUCCUGAGACAUGUAUUGAGCACUGUCUGUCAGGAGUGGUUCCGGAUCUCGAGCAGGAAAUCGUCUUCUCCUGAAAUUGUUGCAGCUUACCUCCAGGAGAUUGAGGCGGUUCAUCCCAACCUACAGAGUGUCAUUGUCAAUUUAGCCGAUGGAAAUGGCAACACAGCCCUACAUUACAGUGUUUCGCAUUCUAACUUUUGGAUUGUGAAGCUUCUUUUAGAGACAGGUGUUUGUGAUGUGGAUUAUCAAAAUAAAGCUGGGUAUACAGCAGUAAUGAUCACUCCACUAGCAUCAGCAGAGACCGAGGAAGAAAUGGAAGUAGUCAAGAAGCUCUUGCAAGAAGGCAAUGUCAAUAUAAGAGCUAGCCAGGGUGGACAGACUGCCUUAAUUUUGGGAGUGAGCCAUGAUAGAGAAGAUAUGGUGAAAGCAUUGCUGUCAUGCAGUGCCGAGAUAAAUCUUCAGGAUGAAGAUGGCUUAUCACCAUUAAUGGUGGCUUCUCAACAUGGUAAUUUGGAGAUGGUGAAACUUCUUUUAUCUCAUUCUGGCUGUGAUCCUACAUUAGUGGACAAGGCUGGCAAUUCUGCUUUGUCCCUGGCUUUGAAAUCUGCCCACAUGGAAAUAGUAGAAUUCCUACGGACCCACAUACAUCAUACUCAAUCUCUGAAUACAUAAAAGGAAAUGGAAAAAACUGUAUUUGAUUGAAUGAGAAAUUCACAACAAAAGACCUAUUGUAUUAGCCAACUCUGUAACCACUUUAUAUGCCAAUGAUUUAGCUGAUAACUACCGAUGUAUUUACUUAUAUAAAAAAAGGAAUUAUGGCAAUUUGUUUGCAUACAUUCCUCAUAAAUGAAUCUCUCUUCUAAGCUGCUUUUUUACUCCUAACCUGUGACCACUGAAACAAAUGAGAAUUAGAUUAUUGCAUUGCCUUUGUAUUAAUAAUUACCCCCCCCCAAAUUGUUGCCUCCUUCAGGGGGAGAUGUCAGCCUAUUUUUUCAUUUUUCAAAUGUGAAAAACAUUAAGAAGUUACCUGUGAAAAGCACUAAUUAUUUGUUGACUCUGAAUAUAUGACUUCAGUUGCCUAGAAUGAUGGCAACCUGUUUAUAAGGAUAAAGUGCUUCCAAAAAUUUUAUGAACACACCAAAGCUAUUCAGUGAAGAUAUUGGUAAGAUAUUAGCCUAUUUUGACAGUUUAUUUGGAUAAUCUGAUCCUAGAUCAGUUUAUAUGAAUUAUCAGGGUACCAUAAUCUAGUAAAGCAGAUAAACUGAUUAUAGUCUUCCUGCAAGGUCACUCCUCUUGAUUCUCUUAUUGGCUUCAGCUUGAGGCUACCAAAGUUUACUUAGUUCCAGAAAUCAAUUUAUUGUUGUGGAAAGGAAUCGGUUAAGUGCCAUAUCUCGUUUUCACUAGAGAAGGGACUACUUAAGGAAAUAGUUUGGGCCUGAUCGCAGUGCUGACCAGAGGAUUUUUAUUAGUAUAAAUUGCAUUGAAAUUGUUAUCCCUGAAAAUCUCCUA